AUGGAACACUGUAUGAGCUCAAUAUCUAAACAGGAACCGGAACAACUCCUAACUCUGUGGUGGCGAAUAUGGUACAAGCGAAACAAGUUCAUUCAUGAUUCACUUUGGCUUAAGGACGAGCUUGUCCAGAAUUGGUCGACUGACUAUCUAAGCAGAUAUCAAAUGGCCCAUGUUUUGACCAACAAUGUGGACACCACUAUUAUUCUUCCAAAUCACGUUGAGACUCAAGCCAGUCAUUUGGAUGAGGAUACUAUUUGUUUAUUUGUUGAUGAUGGAGUUGAUGAAGAGCGAAUGAAGGUGGGUUUGGGAGCUGUUUUAUAUGACAAAAACGAAAGGGUACUAGCAUCUUCAGCAUCACCUUUGCUCUCCACCAUGAAACCGCAUUUGGCUGAGGCGUAUGUUGUGCUUCAGGGCCUCUCUUUAUGCCUCCACCUAGGUUACUCUAAGGUAAUUGUUAAAUCAGACUGCCUUAGAGUGUGUCAAGCAAUUUGUAAUAAAACUGAUUGUGCUUCAGACUUUGGCAUGAUUCUUCAAGACAUCAUUUCACUGAGUGGUCAAUUGGUUUCUUUUUCUAUUAAGCAUUGUAACGGAACACAUAAUUGUGUCUCUCAUUCUUUAGUAAAAUUGGCCUUGUCUAUGGAAGAGUCUAAAGUUUGGUGGCUAGGUUUACCAAUUUACCUUUGGCCGGAUUUGUAG